AUGAUCCCAGAAGGGUCUAGACGAUUCCUCAAAUGGUCAAUUUGCAUGCUCCGGCUUGCUUCUAAGAAAGAAACAAUGGCAUCUAAAGGAUUGCGAGCCACAUACACAAUUCGGGCAUUGGAUUGCUUGAUGGAUUGUGCUAGCGUUGACUGGGGUACAAGGGCAGAGUUCAAGGGGAUGUCCGAGAGUAGUGUAUAUCGAGUGCGGUUCACAAAACGUGGAACCUCUAUUGAUUGGCCAACAACUUUCACAGCAACCUCUAAUCCUACGUACCAAAACCAGAGCCUUCCCUCGCCGUUUCUUACUUGCGGAGCUGCCAUGGCGACCGCCGCGUGCAAUCCAGUGAAGGAGCAGAUUGAGUUGACGGAAACGGAAAGGAAGAUUUUCGAUAGGCUUUUGAACACCCUUCGCUACUUCAAUCUCCAAACUCAGCUUCGAGUUGCGGGUGGAUGGGUCCGGGAUAAGCUUCUCGGCAAAGAAUGUUGUGACAUUGACAUCGCACUUGACAAUAUGUUGGGCAGUGAAUUUGUUUAUAAGGUUCGGGAAUACUUGUCGUCUAUAGGGGAAGAGGCACAGGGGCUUGCUGUCAUUCCUAGUAAUCCUGAGCAGUCUAAGCACUUAGAAACAGCAAGGAUGCGCCUUUUUGAUUUAUGGAUUGAUUUUGUGAACUUAAGGUGUGAGGACUACAGUGAGAAUAGCCACAUUCCUAGAAGGAAAUUUGGUACUGCUGAGGAGGAUGCAUAUCGAAGGGAUUUGACCAUUAAUAGCUUGUUCUACAAUAUUAACACCAACUUAGUCGAAGACUUCACUAAAAGAGGGAUUGAGGAUCUAAAAUUUGGAAGGAUAGUGACUCCAUUACCUCCGAAGGAAACGUUUUCGGAUGAUCCCCUACGGGUUCUUCGAGCUAUUCGUUUCGCUACAAGGUUUGGUUUUGCGCUGGAUGAAGAAUUAAAGAAAGCUGCUGCUUGUGAUGAUGUAAAAACAGCUCUUGCAGAUAAAAUUAGCAGAGAGCGCAUUGGAACUGAAAUUGACCUCAUGAUCUCUGGCAAUCAACCUGUUCAAGCAGUUGACUACAUUUGUGAUCUGACAUUAUUUUGGGUUGUUUUCAAUCUCCCUCCGGGGGUUGAGCCUGCUGUAUCAGAAGAAUGCUACAGGCUUUCUGCUGCUUAUUUGGAUGCUACAUGGAAACUUCUCCAACGUAUUGGAUGCUCCAGCUUUAGUGGUGAACAGAGAAGGCUGGCUUUGUAUUCUGCUUUGUUUCUUCCAUUGCGCAAUGCCACAUACAAGGAUCGAAAAGGUAAGAAGAUUCCUGCUGUCAACUACAUUUUCAAGGAUUCCCUUAAGCGAAAAGCAAGUGAUGCUGAAACGGUCAUAAACGUCCACAAGUCAUCGGACAAAUUCUUAUCUUUGAUUCCUUGCCUCUUAUCAAAUGGUGAUAUGCAACUCACCAAGGUUGACUGGGGACGAGAAUUUGUCCAUGUCCCCGUUAGUUCAAAACUGCGGGUACUGACAGGGUUUCUUCUCAGAGAAAUUAAAGAUUUUUGGCGAGUUGCUUUGUUGAUGUCUACAUUGCUAUAUCCCACUGAUAUUGAUUGCACUCAAGAUGAUGGAGACAAGCAGUUUCAACUGGAUAAAAGAAAAAAACUUUUUGUGUCAGUUGAGAAUGCCGUGGUUAAAUUAGGUCUUGAGAAAGUCUGGGAUAUAAAACCAUUGGUUAAUGGGAAGGACAUUAUGAAUGUUUUGCAGCUUAGAGUUGGAGGGCCGCUUGUUAGUGAAUGGCAUCAAAAAGUUCUCGCAUGGCAGCUCGCACAUCCUUGCGGGACUGCAGAGGAAUGUCUUGAUUGGAUGAGGGACAGAUGCAGUAACUGCCUGGUGACCAGACAUUUUUCUUCAACCUAA